CUGCUAUGGAUUGUAAAUGGAUCAGUGUCCUACAUGUUAAAUAGAAUCGUUUCAAAUUUCAAAGGUUUUGUUUCAAGAUUAGUGUGAUGGCUUUAUGCAACAUUUUAAUGUGAUUAAGUGAGAUUAAUUCGUACUUUCCCGACCAAUAUCUAUAUUUUUGACUCUGUUAAUCCUUGCAUAUAUCUAAGUCUACUGCAAUAUGAAUUUUCGUUCCCGCACUUGUAUAGUAGUAACCUCAUUAAUAAUAUGUGUUGUUGUGUUGACUGGGAUCUCUUAUGUCCUGUUCAAGCAUGGGUCAGAAAAGAAUCCAGCAGAAAAAAUUGAAUCGACUGAAAAUGAACAAAAUGUGACUAAAACUGUUGAAGAAGAACACGCAAAAACUGAACAGGAUGUAGAAGAGGACAAUUCUGAUAUUGCGAAAACUCCUAUAACUAUUGAGAACUAUAAUCCUCUAACCAAAGAUUACAAAAGAAAAACUAACUGGAGCCAGUUCUCCAGCCACGACAGCGAAUUCUCUGCAGCUGGUGCUGACUUCCACAACGACGGGGACUGUCGUCGUGUUGUGGUGUUCCUGGUUUAUGGAGUCCUCCUAGGACAUAUCCUGACUGACUGUGACUCCCUAGAACCCUCCAUGGGUAUGGUGAUGGUGGACGACACUCUGCACUACUACGGGAGUGCGAUGAUGAACCCUGGUCCUAUAGAUGAUACGUUUAUGAUUUACGAGAAGGUGCCUGGAUCGGAGGAAUGUGUAAUGACUAAAUACACUUUAACUGGUGGAGAACGGCCCUCUCUAAAAGACAAAAAGGAAGGCGAGGUUGUUGACCAAAGCGAUGACUACGACUGUAAAAGCUUAAUAAACUUCAAACUGCCAACAAUGUUUCUUUUAUCCGGGAACGGAGCAACCGGGACGUUCGCUCCUGGUAGAUUCUGGGCGACCAUCAACCCCUGGGAGCCUUUAGGGGUGGUGACAAGGAUCUUCGCUUAUGGAUCGAGAUGUUUCCGUCUUCUAGUCAUAACCAGCUAUGGUCGGAGUUUGACUGCUGUGAAGGUAUCUUGCGGACCUGUAGAGAACAUGGUUGUGACACAAGAUGCUUUAUACUUCGGAGAUGCUUUUUUAAUUAGACGAAUUCAGUCCGACACAUUUUCUGUCGUUUUAAACCCUAAGAGAAGCGGUAAAUGCAUCAAGAAGACCAUUUAUUUCACCACUCAAGACGGCCGUCCAACAGCGAUUGUCAAAUCAAAGGAAAAUCUAAGUCCUGACAAUAAAGAAUGCACCAGUACUGUGAACGGAGAAAUUUCUGGAGCAACUAUAGGAAAGGAUGCUAUAGAAGAACUCAUAGAAAGGCUGACUCUUAACAACUUGGGUGUUGAACCACAUGGAUAUUCGAUGAGUAACUAUGAACCAUGGAGUCACUUGAGUUACAUAAACCUCUCCAUGGACCUUGGAGUAGCUGUGAGGUUUUACAAGAUCAAAGGUGGAGGAGUUGCUGUCCACAAGCUGGUCUUGGCGAUAGCUAAGGGAGUUCCACUGACAGCUCAACUAUUGCCCUUCAGUCCCGUCCAUCGUCUGGUGAUGAGAGAAAAUGUUUUGUACUACAACACAACUUUGAUGAUGAGAAAGGCCAAGGAGGAGAACACGUUCACAACACUUGUCAAAAUUGAUGACGAAAAGUGUUUGAAACAGUCUUUCGUGUUGAAGGAAAAAAGAGGCCGGUUUGUGAAGGAAGAACAGCCUUCAGGACUAGAGGUUACUAAAAACGCGGAUGAUGACUGCAUGGACUUGAUCGAAGGAAGUCAGUUGAAAAAUAAAGAUUACCUUAAGUUGAAAUAUGCAACUGAUGAAGAUGGUGUUCCAAAGUAUCUUCCAAAAGAAGUUACUUUUCCACAAAAUACUUAGUGCAAAACUUAGAGUGUUGUUUAAGUUUUGUUAAGCUUUUCUUUUCAUUUUUGACAGGAUUAUCUAAGUUCUUUGAGUAAUGAAUUUAGCUCUCUAUUAAACAAAUCUAAGUGUUGGUCUCACAUUAGACAAAAUUGGUGGAAUUAACUGAUAAAUAAAGAAAUGAGUACAUGGGAAUAUCUCCAAACAACGCGAAACACCCAGAGUAACAGUUUCGCUAUAAUAAAUCUAAUUAGGACUCAUCAAGUUUACUUUUGACUUGUGCUUGUUGUGAAGAUAAUAAAUGAAAAAUUAAAACUUAAGAGUGAUUAUGAAACAACCUUUAAAAAAUCAUAAAUGACUAUUGAAGGGUAAAUGAAAAAAAAAGUUUUUUACGAUAUACUAAGGAUAGUAUAUGCAUUAAAUAAACAAUUCAGAUACUUAACCAAACAGUAUGAAUAAUGAAAAACCAUUAUGAUAUUUUUAAGACUGUGCGUGUAGUUAUUUUGAACAUAAAUUAUAAACUGGAGUUUUUAUAGAGACUUGCACAUGCUAAUUGCACAUGCAAAUAAUAUUAUCAAGAUAUGUAAUUCAUAAGGAAGUGAAGUAUGUUUAAUAAAUGUAAGACAUCUCUGUAUUUUUAGUUAGUAUAUGAAUAAACCCAA